UUUUUUUUUUUUUUUGAAGAGUAUGUAGUUAAAUUUUUGCCUCAUCUAAAAUUCAAAUCCAGGCCAAAUUUUUGCCAUAAGAUUUGAAUAUCUCAUGCUCAGAAUUUAUUCUCAUUUCUCACCGUGUUUAAUCAUUUUAACUGUAUUCUUUCAUUAUAUUACUUGAUUUAGGAUCAAAUGAAAACAACAUUUUUACGUUAAGGUCACCCACAGUGGGGGGCGCGGAUGCCGGCCCGGGCCUGGUGCCCCCAACCUCCACGCCCACCCCUCCCCUCUGCGCCCUAGUGCAAUCUCCAUUUUGAUUGGGCGCGUGUGAUGCACCACCGCCCAAUCACAAAAUUCCCGGCAUUUUUUAUUAAAUACAAACAUUAAAUUAAAUACAAAUUAAAAAUUAAAAUUUAAGAGUCAAAGAAUUGGCUCUCCAUUCUCCAAUCGGGUGUUGGUUCUAAAAUGAUGAGGAUCACUUUUAAGAGUCAAGAUUGACUCUCCACUAUGACGCCAUAAGAACAACCACAUUAAUUAAUAAAUUUCACGUAUAUAUACAUACAUGUCUCCUUAGUUCUUAUCAAAGGGUUACCAAAUAUGAUUACCAAAUAUGAAGAUCGGUAUAAAAUUUGUGAAGUGAGUGCAUUAGAAUUUCAAGAAGAAGAUAACAAAAUUAUUAUGGUUAUGAACAAGAGCGUGUUGCCACAUGAUACGUAAUCCGCCACGCUUUUUCCUACCUUUGUCGUGUUGUGUAAGUUUCUACAGAGUCAAGGCAUAAAUACUAGUCUAUAUAAAGAGCUGCACACUCCUAGCCCAUGCCCAAAGCAGAAGGAAAGCACAGAAAUGGCGGUCGAAUACCAAAUUUUGGCUGCUGCAGCUAUCGCGUUUGUGGUGUUGAUAUGCGCAUACAAAAUACUGAAUUCGGUAUACAUCGCGCCCAAGAGGUUGGAGAAAUUCCUGAGGAAGCAGGGGCUAAAGGGUAAUUCUUACAAAUUGGUGUAUGGCGACUUCAAGGAGAUUAUGCAGUCGAUUAUAGAAGCUAGAUCCGCCCCCAUUAGUCUUGACGCUGAUAUCAAACCUAGGCUCCAAGCGUUUUUCCUCAAUAUCAUUCAAAAAUACGGAAAUGAGUGUUUCUUUUGGCUGGGGACAACUCCGUCAGUUAUUAUAACGGAUCCUGAGCUAGUUAAGGAGGUGAUGAAUAAGAGUGAUAUAUACAUGAAGCCAUUAAACAGGAAUCCACUAUCAAAGCUGCUUGCACAAGGAGUUGUGGCCUAUGAGAAAGAGAAAUGGGCCAAACACAGGAAAAUCAUCAACCCUGCUUUCCAUCUUGAAAAACUCAAGCUUAUGAUCCCAGCCUUUCAUCUGAGCUGUGAAGAGGUUUUGAGCAAAUGGGAGGAAAAUAUUGUCUCCGGUGAGGGGUCGUAUGAGGUGGAUGUAUGGCCUUAUCUGCAGAGUUUAACGAGCGAUGCAAUAUCAAGAACUGCGUUUGGUAGCAGCUACCAAGAAGGUAGAAGGAUAUUCCAGCUUCAGAAGGAGCAGGCAGAGUUUGUGAUGCAGGCUUCGCGUUCGCUAUAUAUCCCGGGAUGGAGAUUUGUCCCCAUCAAGAGGCAUAGGAGAAUGAAGGAAACUGAGAGAGAAGUUCAAUCCUUGAUCCGGCAACUCAUCAACAGAAGGAUUAAGUCGAUGAAAACAGAGGAGGCUAGCAGCCGUGACGACUUGCUUGGGAUAUUGUUGGAGUCCAACUUUCAAGAAAUCGAAGAGGGUGGCAACGGGAUGAGCAUAGCUGAGGUGGUCGAGGAGUGCAAGCUCUUCUACUUCGCGGGGCAGGAGACGACCUCUGCGUGGCUCGUGUGGGUGAUGGUGAUGCUGAGCAUACAUCCGGACUGGCAGGCCAAAGCCAGGGAAGAGGUCUUGCAGGUCUUUGGUGACAGGAAACCAGAUUUUGCUGGCUUGAGUCACCUCAAGAUUGUUACCAUGAUUCUGUACGAGGUCUUGAGGCUGUAUCCGCCGAUAGUGGCCCUGGGGCGGAGAGUGAGCGAGGAGACGAAGCUAGGCAAGAUAACGCUGCCGGCCGGGGCGCAGGUGUCGCUGCCGGUGCUGAUAUUGCAUCACGACCGGACGGUGUGGGGGGACGACGCGGACGAGUUCAAUCCGCAGAGAUUUAGCGAAGGAGUGUCGAAGGCGCAGAAGGGGCACGGUAUAUUCUUCCCGUUCGGGUGGGGGCCUCGCAUCUGCAUCGGGCAAAUGUUCGCGAUGGUGGAGGCGAAGAUGGCGGUGUCGAUGAUUCUGCAACGCUUCUCGUUUGAGCUCUCGCCUUCGUAUACGCACGCUCCUUUCACCGUUGUUACUACUCAGCCUCAGCAUGGCGCUCACCUUACCUUGCACAAGCUCUAGCUUUUUUUUUUUUUUUUUUUUUUUACCGUCGUUUGUUAAUAAAGAUUUACUGCAUCCGUCGCUAAA